AGCCGUGAGUUUAAGACAGUCUCUCGAAACAGUACGUUCGCGAUUGAAUGUCCAUGCAUUUUAUUUAUUAAAUCUAAUAUAUUAAAUCUGGUUGAUUCAACUAAUAAGAUAUCUGAGUGAAAUUUAACAUGACAUUCUUAAAACUAUUAUUAAGUAGUGGUAUAAUAUGCAUAGCCAUAAUGGUAAAAGCAACAUCUAUAGAUGAAGAGGAAUCAAUUAAAAUCAAAAUCGAUGAGGAAUUAAUAAUUAAAGGAAUAGAAAUCGAUGAAGGGAAAGUCGAGCAUCAAGAAUCGAAAGUCGUGCAUAAUGUAUUAAACAACAAACCAAGCAGUACAUCAGAUGAUAUAUUUCCGAUACAUUAUAACAUACAGUUAAUAUUAUACGAUAAUUAUCUCAUUAACGAAUGCAUGAUCACUUUAAAUAUUUUUUAUGCAAAACGAUACGUGAGUUUUUAUGCACCAAAUUUGGAAGUAACAGCAUUGGAAUUAACUCAAAAUAAUGGUACGAUUUAUGAAAUAAAAUUAGUAAAUCAUUUUGAAAACAAUAUUAUCGUGCUCGAUUUUGGUGAUGUCACAUUGCAUGGAACGUACAAAUUGCAUAUAGAGUUUAUAACCCCAAUUAAUAUCGUAAAAAAAUUGUUCGGGACUCCGUACAUAAAUAAAGAUGGAAAAAAAGAGUGGUUAAUCGCAACAGGUAUCCAAACAAAAAAACAGCAAUUAUUUCCAUAUUGGGGCAAGCCAAAAUUAAGAAUUCCUUUUGUUAUUUCCAUAUUGCAUUAUCCAAAAUACACAGUUUUGUCAAAUAUGCAGAUACAAAAAACAGAUAUAUUGACGUUCAAUAAUAUGACGUGGACAUAUUUUCAUGAAUCUGCUUCGAUCUCCAUAGAUAGUAUAGCAUUUUUGAUAUUCGAUUUUAAUCGGAUAAACAUCUUGGUUGAUGAAAAAGCCAUUAAUCAAAUCUUAUGGUACAGACCACAAUCAAAAUUGCAUCUAGAAUUUGCAGAAACUGUUAUUUUUUAUGCUAGUGUAUACAUGCGUAAUUGUAAUUGGAAUAUUUUGAGGAGAGCUCUUGAGCAGACUUCUGUUCCAUUUGAGAGCAAAGUGGAUCAUGUCGCAAUCCCGGAUUUACAAGAUGAAAUCAAACAGAUUUUCGGUUUCAUUUUUUAUAGAGAAGCAGAUAUCACUUAUAAUAAAGAAUUAGAUCCUGUCGCAUACAAAACGAUAAUCGCGCGCUUAAUUGCACGUGCAAUGGUACAAAAAUAUAUUCGCAAUCUGUUGGAGCCACCUUAUUGGUAUCAUACAUGGUUAAAUGAAGGAUUUAAAGUAUUUCUUCAAACAUACAUUAUCGACAAGGCUCUGCCAUAUUCCCGGAUGAUGGAUUUAUUUGUAGUUCAAGUUCAACAUGAAUUACUCUAUCUAAAUAGUUAUCUUGCUAUAAAUUCUACUAUAAAAUAUGAUGAAAGCUGUUAUGAAAAUUAUUUACACUCUCCUCUUUCUCAUAUCAAAGGGUCCAUUAUAUGGCGUAUGUUAGAACGAACAUUGUCAUCUAACAUAUUCUUAAUAGGAAUCAACGAAUAUUUGAACAAUCAAUUAGUUGAUCCUGAAGCAACAACUUCUCGUGAUUUAUGGAGUGCUCUGAGAUCAGUCUUGAUUGAAUUGAAUCCCGCGUAUGAGUUUGAUAUAGAAAACAUGAUAGAUUCGUUGAUUAUGCAGAGGUAUCCUUUCGUGUUGAAGGUGACGCGAAAUUAUUCUACUAAUGUUGUAAACGUAACGGUACAAUUUUACAACAAAUCAGAUGAGAAUCGAUAUUAUAUUCCUGUUACUUAUACCACGGAGUCAACUCCCAAUUUUACUAUAACUCGAUCAAAUGUUUGGUUAACAUCAUGGAGUUCAACAAUUGAAUUCUUUCUUGAGAAAAAUCAAUGGAUUAUUUUCAACUUACAACAAGCUGGAUAUUAUCGUGUUAAUUAUGAUACUGAGAAUUGGCGAAAAAUUGCACAAUACUUAAAUUCUAAAGAAUAUAGUAAUAUACAUGUUCUCAAUCGAGCGCAAAUCAUCAAUGAUGCGUUUCAUUUUGCGAUAGAGAAGAAACUUGAAUUCUCCGUGUUUUGGGAACUCGCUUCUUAUUUGUCACAGGAAAAAGAUUAUAUAGCAUGGUAUCCCAUGUUCAAAGCAUUUGAAUUUUUGUCGAAUAUCUUUCCAUUCUUGGAUUUUUUUCCUGAAUUUAAGGGAGUGCUAAGGUUUGAUUUUAUGCGGAAUUUUGAAAAUGGUUACUGGAAUUUGUACGACGAAAGUAGCACCAACGAUCAUACUAAAUGUUUAAAACAAGAACUUGCAAGGUGGGAAUGUAUUAUAAAUAAUGAUCCUUGUGAAAAAAAGUCUAGGGUUCAUUUGAAAUGGCAUCUAGCAAAUCCUAAAAAAAACAGACUUUUGCCUGGAUGGAAGAGGUGGACAUAUUGUAAUGGUUUGAAAAAGGCAGAUAAUGAUAUAUGGAAUACAGUUUUCAAUAAUUACAUAGAAGGAAAUGAUACAAUUUUAGAAUGUCUGGCUUACAGUAAAAAUUCUGAAAUUAUAAUUAAUUAUUUAGAAGUAAUAUUAUCACAAAUUUUAUUAGAAUCUAUGUAUAAUCGAUCUCAUUUUCAACUUGAACCGAUAGAGUCAGCUUAUGCUUUAAAUGCUAAAAUUUUUCUUUCUGUCAUUGAGAGGGGUACUAAAUAUAUGCUUACAAGUUUAUUAGAUAAUUACAAAGUAAUGAGGGGAGUUAAUGAGAUUGCCACACUAAUUGUUAUAAUUAACAAUGCGUAUUCUGAAGAACAGUUGCAUGAGAUAAUGAUAUUUGUAAUCAACAAGCUCAAAAGUUCAACCAUUUCAAUUAUCAAAGUUGAAAACAAGAUAAUAACACGCUGGUGGGAAAUCCAAAGGCAGACAAAAUAUUUUCGGUUUUUAUUCAUAUAAUUUAUUCAAAUAAUUAGAUUAUAUCAAUAAUUAGAUUUUUAACACAUUAAUUGUUUAU